AUAUUAACUAAGAGACAGGAAAACAGGUUUACAGCAAGUCAAUCUGUUGCGAAAAGUACAUGUCAAGUAUGAAGGACCUUCUGUUAACUGUUCUGCUCCACUGUCUGAUAUCAGGCGCAUGUAGUGAAAGCAAUCCCAUUGAUCGAUACGGAAUAGAUGGAGAAUCUUUUCACCUGGAUGUUGGAGAAUACAACAACAUGACAUUCAAAAAGUUUCUGUGGCUUUAUGCUGAUAAGAAAAAUCUAGUGGAAUAUACUUCCGAAACUGAGCAUGUCGAAAAUUAUAACAAGCAAAACAAGUUUGAGUUUGACGAGAAGAAUUUCUCCUUGCUUAUUAAGAACCUGGAGAAGACAGACAGUGGGCUUUAUAGAGCAGAAACAGUUCAAGAUGAUGGAGAAAAGAUUCGUGUUGUUACUUACAAGCUGAGUGUCCAAGCUCCUGUCUCCAAACCCGUCAUCACUAAUACUUCCGACCCUGAAGGAGAAUGCAACUCCACUCUGAAGUGCACGGUGGAGAAUGGGACGGAGCACUCCAUUACAUGGCUAGGGAAAGGGAUUAAUAGCACCAUGACACAUAGGCGCUCCUCUGAACUUUGUCUGGAUAACAUCACUUGUAACAGCUGGCCGUUAACCUGCUACACAGAGAACAAAGUCAGCAAUUCUUCGGAAACCAUCGAGGCGCUGCAGUGUGAACGUCCAUCGAAUUCUGCUUUACAGUUAGAUUUAUGGCUGAUUCUAAGCAUCGGAAUCAUCGGAAUCAUCAUCCCAAUCAUCAUCAUCAUCAUCAGAAUUUUUUGGAUCAAGCACAGAAAUAAAAAGAAAGAGGAAUAUUUAGUCAGCACAACAGAUGCUUCAGUUGGGGUGAACAGACAGUCGAUAACAACAGAGUACGACGUUGUGAGGCAGGAACGGAUGAAUCAGCCCACAGACCUUCCCCCAGAAAUCACAACCAUCUAUGCUACUGUUCGAAAAACAAGCAUCAAAAGCAUUUGUUAAACAACAAUGAAUGGGUGAAAAAUAAGAUAACAUGCGGUAGGUGAUAUAUGUUCAUAGUUUUAUCUUGUAUCGGAAACUGCUAGCAAAAAACACAGAAGGGGAAAGUCCUCCAUUAAGUUUGGAAAAACGCCCCCGGUGGAAAUGAUGAUGUUAUUUUAAACCCAGUUUAUUUAUAACUAUAUAGGUAUGUACACAAUGGUAUCAGAAAAGGGGUUAGGGUUAUAUGUGGCAGCAGUGUGGAGUAGUGGUUAGGGCUCUGGACUCUUGACCGGAGGGUUGUGGGUUCAAUCCCCAGUGGGGGACACUGCUGUUGUACCCUUGAGCAAGGUACUUUACCUAGAUUGCUCCAGUAAAAACCCAACUGUAAAAAUUGGUAAUUGUAUGUGAAAUAAUGUAUAAUGUGAUAUCUGUAUAAUGUGAAAUAAUGUAUAAUGCGAUAUCUUGUAACAAUUGUAAGUCGCCCUGGAUAAGGGCGUCUGCUAAGAAAUAAAUAAUAAUAAUAAUAUAUAGUAACUCUGUAUAGUAAUGAUGUGUAAGCACACAUUAUUAUUUAUUUCUUAGCUGAUGCCCUAACCCAGAGAGACUUACAAGAUAUCACAUUAUUUUUACAUACAAUUACAUUUACAUUCAGUUACCCAUUUAUACAGUUGGGUUUUUUACUGGAGCAAUCUAGGUAAAGUACCUUGCUCAAAGGUACAGCAGCAGUGUCCCCCCCACCUGGGAUUGAACCCAAGACCCUCCGGUCAAGAGUCCAGAGCCCUAAUCACUACUCCACACUGCUGCCCGUGGAUUUACAAAGUAACUAAUAUGUAAUCGCACAGCAAUUAGAGAUGCAAUGGAAAUUCUAUCCGUUUUUUUUAAGACAUAUUUUUUUAAAAAUGAGACAUUCUUUACAUAGUUAUAAAUAAACUUUUAAAAUGUCAUCAACAUUUCCACUGCAGGCAUUUCUCAAAACAUCCUGGAGGACUUCCCCUUUCUGUGGGUGUGUUAUUUUUCUAGUGGUUUCCAAUACAAGAUAAAACUGUGUGGAGUGUAAGAUUUGGCAGUAUAUCACUUACUGCAAAAACUUGCUACCAAAAACACAUGUGUAAGUGUUUGGAUAAGAGUUUAAAGGCUUGACCGUGUUAGUCUGUAUCUUUUUGAUUAUUGCAAGUUUGGUUCCUCCAGUGAUGGAGGUGUUUCAUUUUUACACUCUGUAGAGGGCAAAGACGAUUUUUGGGGACGAUAGCAAACAGGGCAAUAGCUAAGUUUAUAUCUACAGAGUAGUGAAAAACAUACAUUGAACACCAAAAAAUCAUACCGUAGUACCACCUAUACAGAUGUAUACCCCUGUAACACAUCAUAGGAAGAAGUGUGGUUCAGUGGUUAAAGUCCAGGGCUUGU